AUGGCGAGCGAGUACUUCUCCGCCUCGCGCGCGGACUGGUGCGCGUUGUGUAAGUGCUUCGUGCAGCCGCACGGGAACGCCAAGCGCAUGCACGAGCGAAGCGAGAAGCACAAGAAGAAUGUCGAGCAAAAGCUAAAAGAUAUCAGACAGAAGGAGGUUAACGAGAAGAAGGAGAGCGAUAAAUUGAAGAAAGAUAUGGCAGAGAUCGAGGCAAAGGCGACGGAGGCGUACGCCGCGGAUCUCGUCGCGGCGGGCAGACUAUCGGAAGCGGCAGCUCUGCAGGCAAAGCCAGUCACGGCGGCGGCUCGCUUGAAAGAGCAGGAGACAAACGCGAAGAAGGAGUUGGAGACGGCACUCGAGCGAGAGAUGCACGCGCGCGAGGAAGAAGAGUACCGCGCGGCGCAAGUCCUGGGAGCCUGGAAGUUUGACGAUCGGUCCAAGUAUUACUGGCAUGCAAAGUCGUCAUGUUACUUUGAUCCAAAGACAAAGAUGUACUUCAACAACACGACCAAGGCGUGGUCAAAAGGUGCUCCCGAAAGUGCACCGCCGCCCCCCUCCGAAGCUGCAACGGUAGCACAACCGAGUGGUCAGUACGCUCUCAACCCGUACGCUCGAGGCGUCGUGGCGCCUGCAGCAUCGUCGGAGAAGCAAGAUAAUCCAAAGCCAACGGCACAACAGGCAAUUGCAGCAGCCAUGGCACUUAACCAGAGACCCGCAGCGCGCACGUCGUCGAUGGUAUCUGCUACUUCCACGGUGCCGAAUAAUUCUGAAGAGCCGAGUGUGAACCGAACGACCACAACUAGCAUGUUCAACCUGGGUUUUGGCGCAAACCAUCCCAAAUUUGAGGCGGCUAAGGCGAAGACACAAACCGGAGCUGCACGUGCGUUCGCUGCGACUGGUGGUCGGAGUUUUAAAGCACAACUCAUAGAAGAUUAUAACACAUCGUUGUCGGGCGCUGAUGCGAGUAAGAAGCGUCCUGCAACGGCGAUGAGUACGAAGAAUGCAAAGCUUGCAAAGGAUGAAGCAGAAGCUCUCAAGCGCCGCGAAGCUGCUCGCGCGCGGGUGGAGGCCAGGACGAAGAAGGCAUACGGAUUGGGAUAG